UGCUAUUCGAUAGUCGUGCAUCUCUCGGGUCGGGAUACGCGCCGUUCAAUGCAGCCUUGGGCAGUGACAUUCAAGGACGUUGGUGUCGGCAAGUCAGCGCGAGGCACAAAGUCUUGUUGAGAAGACAACCAGCAGCUCACACCUGAUUGUUUGACCAGUUCUCGUCAUGCACUGGCCCUCACUCCACCUCCCUCACUCACCUGUUCUCCUCCCUCCUUCACCUGUUCUCCUCCCUCCUUCACUUGUUCUCCUCCCUCCUUCACCUGUUCUCCUCCCUCCCUCACUUGUUCUCCUCCCUCCCUCACUUGUUCUCCUCCCUCCCUCACUUGUUCUCCUCCCUCCCUCACUUGUUCUCCUCGGUCUCAUCAGGCAAAACACUCCACCACUCAAACUCCGUCUUCCGAUCGCCCUCAGCCCGCCUUCCAGUCGCCGAGUACAAAGCUCCGUCGAACCUACUACACAUCAGCAGCCAUCUACACCUCCCCUCCGCAGACACCACUCACGGCCUCGGCGCCACCGCAUCGUCAAGCUUCGCCUGCCACUGCUUUCUUUGUCUUUCCUUCUUCUGCUUCCGGAACCCGCGCUGUUGUUCUGCAGACUGCACUUCUGCUUCGAGUCUGCUUCGCUCUUCUCGCGAUGCUGUAUCGCGCUCCUGCGUGAGGCGCUGGAGUUCGGCAUCUGGCAUCUCGUAGCCGCCGUCUGAGCGGUCUGAGGCUGGCGCUGUGGUGGCUUUAGAAGGUGGGGGUUUCGUUGCUGAAGCCAUCUUGGAUAUUUGACCUGCUGUCUGCAACAUGGGAGUCACUCUUGCGACGACUGCAAGCCAUGUGGCAGUUUGCUGCGAGCAAUUGCUCUGGGCCCACUCCACGCUAUCAUGCGGUCUGCUUUGGAAAAAACCAAACAUCAGCCUCUGCUGCGACGAAAGAUCGCAGUGACUUUGAGCUUUCUCUGUGUCGAUUCAGAUUGGUCACAUAAUGUGUAUCGCUGCUGUCCUGAUAGAUACCACCCCAUCAUUCUCUGAUUGAAGCCGUACCUGUAAUAAGCUUGCGAUGUAAUCUCUCGAGC